AUGUACACCGCGAUUAACACGGUGCUCGUUGCGCCGUGUAUUGUCGGUAAAUCGAACAUGUUCCGUCGGUCCCAUCUCGAUUACCUCACCAGCUCGUCGGCUCCCGGUCCCCAGGCUCGCAAUCCCGGCAUCGAUUUCUUCUCCGAUAAUAUCUGCGAGGACCAUCUGAUCGGUGAUCUGCUGUGGAGGAAGCAAGUACGGGAGGAAAAAGAGCUUCAUGAGCGUUGGGGCAAGCAUGCCAUGGUUUUUGGUGAUUUGGCUAUCCAGCCCGUUGCCAAUAUGAGUGUGCCGGCAUACAUCGCCCGCCGUGUGCGCUGGCUGCGGGUUCGUAAAUUCACUGUCCUUCUUGCUACACUUGUCGAACCGGGCACCGAGUCAUUCCUAUGUACAAUCUAUGGCGCCUGGGGCAUCACCACUGCCUUGGCGCCGUACCUUGAGCGAAAAGGCGUGCAAUUUGCCGCCAAUCUCCAGAGUUGGGGCGCAUUCUUUAUUCUGUUCGCCGCUGGCAUUAUCCUCUGGAUCCUGGUCGACUGGACCCUGUACAUCAAGCUGCAUUCUGCGAAAUGCAUUGAGUUGGAUGAAGAUACUCCUGCUUUUGCUCGUUCUCAACGUUUCCGAGCAUCGCAAACUACUCGUCGUCCCUUCCUGCAGUGGUUUGCCGCUUGGCUCGGCCGUGAAUUGCUAGCCUUGCCCAUUUGGACCUUGGCUGUCUAUGGCGGUGUGACAGUUGUCUGGCGAGAGCGGCGCUUCAAGGUCGGCUUUGAUGCGAGAGUUCGCGAGAUCGACCCCCCUACCCCGAUGCCUGUGGAAAGCUCUUCCACUAGCACCGUGGCAGGCAAGGUCCGGAGCGAUUGA